AUGGCAAGGCAGUCCGAUGCGCCUUGGGAAAUCAACCCCAAAGAUAUUGAAAAAACGAUUGCACAGGAUAAAUAUGAUGACUGUCUGGCGUGCAGAGCUACUGGGAGUCUGGCACUUGCGGGACUUGGAGGUUGGAGCUAUUACACCGGAAUGAAGAACCUACGUGAGCAAGAACAGAAGAUCUUAGCAAGCGGCUCAAAGUACAGGAUGGGAUCGAGAAGGCUAGGGGUUAUUAUGAUAUCAACUUCACUAGUGGGAUUGGGUAUAUGGAGAGCUUUCAACUGA